CUCCCCGCUCGCAAAUCGCGCUCGGUUGCCAUACCGGGGACUGCUCUGUUUCAAGUCGCUCAUGUAAAGCUUAAAUCUACAUUACCACAAGCCUCGGAAGACUGGCUAUAAUGCGACCCUACUAGCUUUUUUCUUGCCCGUUGCUUGUCCUGCCAACUUGAUAAAAUGAGUAAAGAGGCGAGUAGCGGCCCUUCAUUCCUGCGCUUCAACUUGGCGCAGAGCCUGGACGUUAGCAGCGUCGUCCCGGCUCCUGUCAGCUCGCUUAUCCGGGGACUGUAUCCAAAAUGCAUGUGUUUUCAUCCCACGAAGCCGCUGCUCGCCGUGGGCGUGUCGGGCUACGUGGCGGUGUACGACCUGCAGAGCAACAGCCGGGUGGGGCGGGUGGACCUGAAGAGCGUGCCCGUGGAGCUGGCGUUUGCGCCGGACGGGUCCGUGCUCAUCGUGGUGGUGCAGGACUGGAUGGUGUACAGCGUGAGCACCAGCAGCUGGAAGAGCCGGCUGCUGGUGCCGCGCCGGUCCAAGAUGGACAAGCCGCUGAGCAGCUGCAUGCUGGCGGUGGCGCCGGGCUCCAACCCCUUCAUCUACUUCUGCCGCUACGCCAAAGACACGCUUCGCCUCGCCACGCUGCCCUCCCGCGGCGGCGCGCCCGCCGCCGACGCGGCGGCGGUGGCCGCCGCCGCCAAGGACGGCAAGGACGGCCCCGGCCGCGGCGCCAGCAGCGCCAGCGGCUGGGGAUCGCGUGUUAAGCUGGACGUGCAGAAGGCCAUUCUGGGGCUAGCGUGUCACGUGGUUGACGCCCAGCUCAUGGUGCUGACGGCGGACGGGCAGCUGCGCGGCUACGCCAUCGCGGGCGGCGGCGGCGACGUCAUGACGCCGCUGUGGGCGGUGCAGGUGCAGGACGCGGCCGACAAGGUGGUGCCGCCGCUGGGCAUCCUCACCUGCGUGCCGCACCCGGCCGUGGCGGGCGGCGCACUCAUCCUGCAGGGCUCGCGCACCGGAACCGCCACUGUCCUGGAGGCGCCGGGCCGGGGCACGCCGGCGCAGAUCGUGCGGGGCCGGGUGCCCAACUGGGCCGCCACCCUCGGCAUGGGGUUCGACAAGGCGUCCAGCACUGUGCUGGCAUUCGGCUUGAGUGAGGGCGGUGGGCGGCUCAAGAGCGUGUCGUGGCGGCUGGGCUACCGGCUGGGAGCCAGCGGCGUGACCAUGCGGCCGUCGCGCGUGGAGCCACAGGACAUCACCAACAUGCUGGACAGCACGCGCCGCACGAAGGCCGCGCUGGCAACCUCCAUGGCCGCCGGCGCAGUGGCCGCGGCCGCGUCCGCCACCGGCGCCGCCACCUCCAGCGCCUUGCAGCGCAACCUGACGGCUGGCGGCGCGGCGGGCGGCGCCGCUGCCGGCGCGGGCGCGAACGCGGCGCCGCCGGCGUGGCACGGGCUGUGGAGUGUGACGCCGGGCUGGUCGCACGACGCAUCCAGCAGCUGCCUGCUGGAGGGCCAGCUGGCUCCGGUGGUGUCGCGUGUGGCGGUGCAUCCCUCACUGGGCGUCAUUGCGGCUGCCACAGAGCCGUCCGUGGCAGUGCAGGUGAACAAGGAGCUGCUGUUUGGCGGUCGCGGGGCGCUGAGCGCCGAGGAAGCCAACCUGGCGCGCCGCACCGCCACCGUGUCGUUGCUCACCGUCACAAACCUGGAGGCGCACGCCUGCGGCUGGCGCGGCGGCCGCGCCGCGCCCCAGCACACCAGCCUCGCCGCCUGGCUGCCCCCCGGCGCCGCCACGGCCGCGGCGACAGCAGCAGCUGCCGCCGCCGCGGCAGCGGCCGGCGACUCGUCGUCGGACGACGAGGCGCCCGCGCCGGCAGACCCAGCUUCAGAUCCGGCGGCGGAGGUGGUCGCGGGCUCGGGGGACUCGGCGGCGCUGCAGCUGCCGCCUCACGUGUACUACCUUGCGGGCAACAGGCUGAUGAAGUACUCAUUGGUCACGCGAUCGUGCGGCACAGUGGCAAUGCUGCCCGUCGACGCCCCCGACGGCGACACACGCACCCCGAGACAGCUGGUCUACUCGUCCAAGCGCGCGGCCUGGCUCAUUUUCUUCGAGUCCCAGGCCGCCGGGGGCGUGGCGGCCAGCGGCGGCGGCGCCAACGGCGCAGCGGCGGCGGCGCCGGAGCGGUUCACGUGGACGUAUGUGACAGCAGCGGCGCUGAGCGUGGGCGGCAGCGAGGGCGGCGCGGGGCCGCAGUCCUGGGUGCGGGCAGGCAAGUACGGCUGCUUUGUGGGCCCCGACGACGAGCACUUCGCGGUGGUGUCCUCCAACGGCCGCCUGUUGGAGCUGUUCGACAGCGCCGCGCCGCCGGGCCAGCUGGCGGGCGGGCGGCCGCUGCUGAGCUGUGUGCUGGAGGGCGGCGUGCUGCUGCCGGGGCUGGGUGCGCCGCUGUUCGCGGGGCCGCCCAUGUAUAACGCACCGGUGCCGGAGGCCCGCGCGCCCGCCGACGCGGCGCCGCACGACCUGCGGCGCUUCCGCGGCGCCGGCUGCGUGCUGUGGCAGAGCGCCGACAUGAACCUGUCCCUGGCCACACUGCCCGCCCUGGCGCGCGUGCCGGUGGACGCACCGGCGCCCGGCGCUGCUGGCGGCGGCGGCGCCGCCGCUGGCGAUUCCUCCGAUGAGGACGCGGACCCCAACGCCGACGCCAGCGGCGCCUACUACCCAACCCUGGGCCACGGCCACCACUUCGGAAACGUGGGCCGCCAGGCGUCCCUGCCGCUGCUGCCCAACGAGACCGUGCUGCACGUAGCCUGGCAGAGCCUCACGCUGGCGGCGCCGCCGCCGCCGCCGAAGGCGAAGAAACCGGCGGCGGCGGCGGCCGUGGCGGCGGAAGACGACGCGGGCGCGGAGCCGUUCCGGACGAACAGCACCUUUGCGGGCGCGGCGGCGGCGAUCGCGGCGGCGACGGCCGCCGCUGGCGGCGUCAGCGCCGCGGCGGCGGCGGCGCGCGCGCCGCCGCCGGGCCUGGGCGGCCCCACGGAUGCGGUGGCGGCGGUGCUGACGACGCAGCGGUUGAUGGUCGUGACGGCGGCGCUGCGCGUGGUGGCCUCCGUCAGUCUGGCGGCGCUGGGCUGCCCGGCGGCGGCGGCGGAGCCGCUGACGUCAGUGCUGUGGGCGGGGCCCAUGCUCCUGGCCACCACCGCCGCCGGGCAGGUGCUGCAGCUGACGUGGACGGGGCAGCUGCUGCCCGUCGCCACGUUGUCGCCCACCGGCCACGUGGCGCUGCUGGGCGUCACCGGCGACUCGCUGCUGCUGCUGCGCAGCCUGCUCGGCUCGCCGCCCGUCGGCGCGGCGGUGGCCGCCGCCGGCGGAAACGCCGCCGCCGCCGCCGCGCUGGCGGAGGCCGUGGCGCGACCGGCGUCGCUGCUGCAGCCGCUGCUCAUCGGCUGGGCCAGCCUCGCCGCCACCGGGCUCCUAUCGUACGGCGGGACGAGCGGCUCGCCGUCCGCCGCCGCCGUCGUACGGCCGGCGUUACGGCACGCACUGGCGUCGUACGACGCAUCGGCGGUAACGCCGCGCGGCGUGUGGGCGCUCAUCGCUGCCGGCGCCUGGGACGUGGCGGCGGCGGUGGCGGCGCACAUGCCGCCGCUGGACGCCGCCGUCAAGCUGGCGGCGGCGGCCGCCGCCGGCGAGUGGGGCGGCGUGGCGGCGGCGCUGGCGGCUGAGGCGCGGCGGGCGCUGCACGCGCCGCUGCCGCCGCCGCGCGGCUCCGAGCUUCACUCCAAGCUGGUGGCGGCGGCGGCGGGCGCGCUGUUCCACGGGCAGCUGAGCAAAGCCGGCGAGCUGUUCCAGGCGGCGGGCGAGUGGCCGGCUGCCAUGAUUCUGGCCGUGUGCUCAGGCAACCUGCAGGGUGUGCACGCCAUCGCCUCCAAGCUGGCAGGCGAGGGCGGCCACGGCGCGCCAGCGGGACCGCCCUCACCGGACGCACCGCAGGCCAUGCAGCUGGCGUCGGCGCUGCGCUCGCUGUACGGCGGCAGCGGCAGCGGCCCCGUGGCGGACCUGGUGCUGCGCAUGGAGCCGCUGCAGCUGCAGGCGGGGCCGCAGGCCAUGCCGGCCGUGGGCGGCGGCCCGGAGCCGGAGCUGGAGCGGGCGGAGGCGUGGGCCCUGGCGCCGCCGCACGCCAGCCCCGCCGCCGUGGCGGUGGCGGGCGCCCUGCCGCGCGCCAGCGUCGUCCUCACCGACGGCGAGCUCGGACCCAUCCCCGCCGCCGACCCCGGCCGCGCCCCCGCCGUCGCCUACUACGCGCUCACCGCGACCGCCGCCGCCAGCGUGGCCGCCACGGCGGCGGCCGGCGGCUCCGCCGGCCAACGGCCUGACGGCGGCGCCGCCUCGGGCCGCGGCGCGGGCGGCACCGAGUCCUCCUCGCACCGCGGCCCCGGCGGCGGCGGCACAUCGGCGGGCGACAACCUGGAGACCACGUCCGUGGCUUCCAGCGACGCCGCGCAGGCGGCGGCGCGCGCCGAGUUCCUGGGUGCCGGCGGCUUCGGUGCCCUCGGCGGCGGACCCGCCAUCGACUUCUCUUCUGAUGACGACAGCGACAGCGAGGCAACCAGCGCUGCCGGCAGCAGCGCCGUCGGCGGCGCCGGCGCCGCCGCGCAGCGGCGCAUCAAGAUCCAGAUCCGGGACGCCAAGGCGGCGGCGGCCGCCGGCGGCGCCGCCGCCGCCGGCCCUACGGGUGGCGACGGCGGCUCGCUGCGCGAGGCGGCGAAGGGGCUGCGGCUGAUGCCGCCGGGCGUGGGCGGCAGCAGCCGCCUGGCGGUUGGGAGCGGCGUGGUCCCGGGGGCGGCGCCGUCCACCGGCCUGACGCCGGCGCCGUCGUCGGGGCUAACGCCGGCACUGAGUGCGACGCCGAGUGGCGGCGGCGCCUACCAGUUCCCACCGGGCAUGUCAUCCGCACAGCUGUACGCGGGCGGCGCGGCGCUGAUGGAGACGGGCGACUGGCGCGGCGCCGCCGCCCACUUCAGCCGGGCCAUGUCAGUGCUCAGCCAUGAGGAGCGGGCGGCCAUGGACGAGGCGUCCAGGAGGGCGCGCCUGGCCUUCUGCGCCAACUACUACGCGGCGGUGCGGCUGCUGGAGGGCGUGGGCGCGGGCGCGGGCGGGCGCGAGGCGCGGCUGUACCGCUACCUGGCGGCGCUGCGGCUGGACGCGCGGCACGGCGACGCGCUGCUGCGGGAGGCCAUCAGCCGCAACAAGGCCGUGAGGAACUACAGGUAUGCGGGCGACCAGCUGACGGCGCUGAUCGGGCGUGUGGCGGACACGGCGCCGGGCGACUACCUGGCGCAGCUGCAGGCGGAGAUUGAGGACUGCGACCGGCACGGCGGCGGUAACGCCGACCUGCCCUUCGACGAGCAGACGAGCGACUGGUCGGCACUGGUGGCGGCGGCGGGCGAGAGCGGCGGCAGCAAGGAGGACGUGGAUGCGUUGGUGCUGCCGCUGCUGUAGAUUUGAAUGUGGCAGGAUGCUGCCGCCGCGUUUCGGUCGGGUGGGUCGGGUAUCAGCGAGCAGUGCAGAGCGCAAGGGUUGGACUGGCGCCCUGCGCACAUGCUGCUGUGGAAGGGGCGUGCAGGCAGGAGCAGGCGCGGGCAAGCAGCGGGGAAGGCUCAGGCAAACCGGUGGUAGACGUCUGUGUGUGUGCGGACAGAGGAGACGUGUUGUAGGCGGCUGUAUGCGGAGACUCGAUAUAUAGUCAUGACGACUGCCACGACAGGCCACGACGGGGCUGGUGUGGCCAAGAGGGCCGGCUUAAGCGCAGGACCUGCUGCCGCGCAAACCCUGAGAAUCUAUAGUUCGCCCCUGGGUCCGCCGGACAAGCCAGGACACGUUCUGGCGUUUGAGGACACGCGCACACUGGGCACGCCUGGUGCGGCCGGAAGGUCAUGUAAACGAAUUAACGC